AUGAGUGAAUUUGUGGAAGAAUAUAUCGAAGGUUUGCUUCCUGUUUUCGAGACAUUAAAAGAUGUUCAGUUAUUAUCACCUACUGAAAUUGAUGCAUUUGUCAAACGUUGCCAGUUCUUCGAAUAUCUUCUUCAAAAGCCUCGGAAAGAUCCAUCGUCGUUCAAAGGAUAUACCGAUUAUUUGGGAUCGAUUAUGAAGCUUGUUCGAAUGCGGCGGAAACGAUUGAAUUACAGGUUGAGAGAAGAUGAAAUUGAAGGCAAAAUCAUCAUCAAAGUUGCCAAUCUGCUGCGACAGUUUGUGAACGAUUUCAGGGGCGGGCAGAGCUUUGGUGAUUUGAUCGGAUUUUUGAAGGAAGAGAAAAUGUAUAUCCGAUGCAGUAAAGCGUAUUUCCGCGCAAUGCAGCUCUUUCCAAGGAAUUCUGCUUUACGAAUUCAAGCGGCUCGAUUUGAAUAUUCAGUCGAACAUAGAAUAGAGUGCGCACGUUGUAUAAUGCAAGAGGGGAUUCGGUUGAAUCCUACAGAAUGCAGUUUAUGGACGAAUUUUGUUCACCUGGAAUUAGAUCAUGUCAAAUGGUUGAUUACUCGAAAGAGUAUAUUAACGGGAAAAGGGUAUCAUUUGCCAUGUACUGAGGAGAAAGAACUGGAAGUGGCAGCUGAAGCGCAGAAAACUCCAGAAAUGAAAGUAAAUAUAAAAGAAAAAAGUGGACAGGAUGCAGUUUUGGGUCUUCGAGUCGUUGAAACAAUCAUUAAAUUUUUCAAUUUAAAUUUUUCAAAUUAA